GGUGGAGAAGGAGGUGGAGGAGGGGGACGAGGAGGAGGAGGACGACGACGUCUGGUCCCGGCUGGGAGGUGGAGCAGCGGCUACAGCAGCCGCCGCCGCCGCCUCCGGAAAGGGAGAGGCAGGAGAGACCGAGACUUGGAAACCCCAAAGUGUCCGCGACCCUGCACGGCAGGCUCCCUUCCAGCUUCAUGGGCAAAGUGUGGAAACAGCAGAUGUACCCUCAGUACGCCACCUACUACUACCCCCAGUAUCUGCAAGCGAAGCAGUCUCUGGUCCCAGCGCACCCCAUGGCCCCUCCUAGUCCCAGCACCACCAGCAGUAAUAACAACAGUAGCAGCAGUAGCAACUCAGGAUGGGAUCAGCUAAGCAAAACGAACCUCUACAUCCGAGGCCUGCCGCCUAACACCACUGACCAGGAUCUGGUGAAGCUAUGUCAACCAUAUGGGAAAAUAGUCUCCACAAAGGCAAUUUUGGAUAAGACAACAAACAAAUGCAAAGGUUAUGGUUUUGUCGACUUCGACAGUCCUGCAGCAGCUCAGAAAGCCGUGUCAGCCCUGAAGGCUAGUGGAGUUCAAGCUCAGAUGGCAAAGCAACAGGAACAAGAUCCUACCAACUUGUAUAUUUCUAAUUUGCCACUUUCCAUGGAUGAGCAGGAACUUGAAAAUAUGCUCAAACCCUUUGGACAGGUUAUUUCUACAAGAAUACUACGUGAUUCCAGUGGUACAAGUCGUGGUGUUGGCUUUGCCCGGAUGGAAUCAACAGAAAAAUGCGAAGCUGUAAUUGGUCAUUUUAAUGGGAAAUUCAUUAAGACACCGCCAGGAGUUUCUGCUCCCACUGAACCAUUAUUGUGCAAGUUUGCAGAUGGAGGACAGAAGAAAAGACAGAACCCAAACAAAUACAUCCCUAAUGGAAGACCCUGGCACAGAGAAGGAGAGGUGAGACUUGCUGGUAUGACACUCACUUAUGACCCAACUACAGCUGCUAUACAGAACGGAUUUUAUCCUUCACCAUACAGUAUUGCUACAAAUCGAAUGAUCACUCAAACUUCUCUUACACCCUAUAUUGCAUCUCCUGUAUCUGCCUACCAGGUGCAAAGUCCUUCCUGGAUGCAACCUCAACCAUACAUCCUACAGCACCCUGGUGCCGUGCUAACUCCCUCGAUGGAGCACACCAUGUCACUACAGCCCGCGUCCAUGAUCAGCCCUCUGGCCCAGCAGAUGAGUCAUCUUUCACUAGGCAGCACCGGAACAUACAUGCCUGCCACAUCAGCUAUGCAAGGAGCCUACCUGCCACAGUACACACACAUGCAGACGACGGCCGUUCCUGUUGAGGAGGCAAGUGGUCAGCAGCAAGUGGCUGUAGAGACGUCUAAUGACCAUUCUCCAUAUACCUUCCAACCCAAUAAGUAACUGUGAGAUGUACAGAAGGGUGUUCUUACGUGAAGAAUGGUGUGAAAGCUGAACAAUCAUGGAUUUUUCUGAUCAAUUGUGCUUUAGGAAAUUGACAGUUUUGCACAGGUUCUUGAAAACGUUAUUUAUAAUGAAAUCAACUAAAACUAUUUUUGCUAUAAGUUCUAUAAGGUGCAUAAAACCCUUAAAUUCAUCUAGUAGCUGUUCCCCUGAACAGGUUUAUUUUAGUAAAAAACAAAAACAAAAAUAAAAAAAAACAACAAAAAACAAAAAGAUUUUUAUCAAAUGUUAUGAUGCAAAAAAAAAAAAAAGAAAAAAAAAAGGAAAAGAAGACUUCAAUUUUCUGGGUAUGCACAAAGACCAUUGAAGACUUAUCCAAGUGCAUGACCGGAUUUUUGUGGUUUUGUUCAUUUUGUGUUUAAUUUGUAUUUUUUUCAGCUGUACGAAAUGGGCUUUUUGACGUUUAAAUCGUCCAACUUCACCCAUGGUGUUCUGUGCUUGCCGUGCGAGUGUUGCUGUAACUCAGUGUUGCCGUCGAUGUCUUUUCUUAGCUUUCUGUUUUUCUUUCAAUGUAGUGUGAAGUGUCUUAUCCUUUUCUAUGAAUUCCAAUUUGCCUUAACUCUUUUGAUGCUGUAGCUGUUUCAGUAAAAGUUAGUUCAAACUAAUGGUGUAGAAUGCUUUGACCAAUGAGCUGGUCUAUUAUGCCUUGUAAAACAGCAGCAUAGGGCUUUUAAAAGGUAGUCAAUAAAAGUUGCUGACAUUUUGGCUUUUUUAAAUAUGUAGUAGGUGUUUUUAAUGAUUUUUCACAUAAUGUGUAAGGUAGUGAAAUGCAAGAAGGGAAAAAUGUUUUGUGUGAAACACAUUUUCUGACUGGGGAACUUUUAAUAGGGUAAAUUGUUUGUAAGGCUGUAUGCCAACAGUUUCCUCUGAUAGUUUGACUGAUUUAGGAUAUCUGCUGUAUGAUGCAAUGUAAAGUCUUUUUUGCCUUUUUUCAGGAAAAAAAACUAACUUGAUGUUCUAGAUUUAGUGUAGGUAGCGUGGGGGCGGGGG